UGGCUAACGGUAGCUAGCAGGCUGAUAAGCUGUCAAGUGGAGAGGCUGGAACAGACGUUUCAGCUUCCCCGCUGGCUUAUCCUCGCUCACAUCCGAGAAACAUAUCUCCGCACACAUGCUGCCUAACUGAGAUAAUGUAAUUCAACCACGCAGGGAGGAAGGAAGCCGCGCACCAACUCAUUUAUAUGCUCUCUCUCCUGUGUGACGACUGGCUAACAAGCUAACCGAGCUACAACCGCAGUUCACGACUUGUUUUGGUCGAUUCCCCUUCCUGGUCGGAGCUGCGGCCAGUAGAACCAGGGCACUCUCUGUUGCUGUCUGCCGAUAUAUUUGGGGGAUUCUGGUUUUAAGUGGGACACAAUGGGGGCAUUUCUGGAUAAACCAAAGAUGGAGAAGUACAAUUCUCGAGGAGAUGGCAAUAACCUGCGGUAUGGGCUGAGCAGCAUGCAGGGCUGGCGCGUGGAGAUGGAAGAUGCGCACACAGCUGUCAUUGGUUUGCCCCAAGGCCUCGACCUGUGGUCCUUCUUCGCUGUGUAUGACGGACACGCAGGCUCCCAGGUGGCCAAGUACUGCUGCGAGCACUUGCUGGAGCACAUCACCAGCAACCCAGACUUCCAGCGGGCUCUGCAGGAGGACCAGUCAGUGGACAGCGUGAAGAACGGGAUCCGCACAGGGUUCCUGCAGAUCGACGAACACAUGCGCACCAUCUCGGAAAAGAAGCACGGAGGGGACCGCAGCGGCUCCACCGCCGUGGGAGUGAUGAUCUCACCCAGCCACAUCUAUUUCAUAAACUGUGGUGACUCUCGAGGACUACUCGGCCGAGGCGGAGCCGUUCACUUCUUCACACAAGAUCAUAAACCCAACAAUCCCUUGGAGAAGGAGAGGAUCCAGAAUGCAGGAGGCUCGGUCAUGAUCCAGCGGGUGAACGGCUCCCUGGCAGUGUCCCGAGCACUGGGAGACUUCGACUACAAGUGUGUGCACGGCAAGGGCCCUACGGAGCAGCUCGUGUCUCCAGAGCCAGAGGUUUAUGCAAUUGAAAGAAGCGAGGCCGAGGACGAGUUCAUUAUACUAGCUUGUGAUGGCAUCUGGGAUGUCAUGGCCAACGAAGAACUGUGUGACUUUGUCAGGUCACGGCUAGAGGUGACGGAUGAUCUUGAAAGAGUCAGCAAUGAAAUUGUUGACACAUGCUUGUAUAAGGGAAGCCGGGACAAUAUGAGUGUUGUGUUAAUCUGCUUUCCCGGGGCUCCAAAAGUGUCUCCUGAAGCAGUGAAGCGAGAGGCGGAGCUGGAUAAGUACCUGGAGUCCAGAGUAGAAGAGAUCAUCAAAAAGCAAGGGGACGAAGGCGUUCCUGACUUGGUCCAUGUAAUGCGGACGUUAGCGUCUGAAAGCAUCCCCAACCUCCCACCAGGGGGGGAGCUGGCAAGCAAACGAAGCGUUGUCGAGGCAGUGUACAACAAGCUGAACCCGUAUCGAAGUGAUGACACAGACUCAGCGUCCACAGACGACAUGUGGUAACACAACCUCCUACCACUAACACAACAUAGCGUUUACAAACCACCAUCCUCUCAAGACCCCUAGCGGCUCAGCUCAGCUCAGCAGUCUCUGUCCCUCCGUCACUCUGAGCUUUCAGUUUCCAAGAAGGGAAAUUCAUGGGAGGAGGAGGAGGAGGAGGAGGAAGAGGAGUUGCAUGCACACAAAUCUGGAAUUGUGCAGCACCGAUCCACUCUGGAGUUCAGCAUCCCCGACAUCAUGUCUCCCCUUUUAUGUUCACCCACUUUAAUAACCUCCUCUGAAGUGAGUCCACCGGGUUUUUUUUCUUGUUUCUGUUGAAUAAUCACCUUAACAACCCUGUAAAGUAAAGAGUCCAACAAAACGAGGGACGCUUGCUGCCGCUCUAUGUUUCUGAAAAUGUGUUUUUAAAGGGGCUCGAUGGUGCAGUGGAGACCUCCACUGACCCCUCAGGCUGUAAACAAAGCAACGCUCACUGGCAUUACUGGAUCUAUUUACUGCCACUCCGAGUACUAGUGACCAGCUCCCGGCACACGCCCAUCGUCUAAGGCCUGUGUUGGUCGGCAUUGUUGCACUCUCUCUCUCUCGCACUAUAAGAUGUGGUGAUGGCAGGUGCCCAUAUUACAUUAGGAUACAAUAUGCAUGACAAGAUGCAGUUCUCCUCCUCUGCCUCUGUUGGUGCUGAACCCAUUAGCUCGUGCGGAGGUUGUUUCUACGGCCUAAUGACUCUUCAUGAAACGGUGUCCUCAUUUUCUGAGACCACUAGAUGGCACUCUUUGCUCCAUUAUAUGUUAAGCCGAGAGCACCACCUACUGAGCUCUGCAAAUGGCCACUGUAUCACGAAGCCUCACCAGCCCGUCACUAGUUGUGUCUCAACACAGUUGGGGUCCAGUAUUGCCGGGUGGCGCCGAGCGAGGGCGCACGCUUCUUCUCCACUGCCCCAAGAUUGAAACCAUUUCUAUUGUGCUGUUUUAAUUCCCUUGUUUUUGGCACGUCUUUACUUUACAGGGACGUUAAAUCGUAAGAUGUUUCUUUUUCUUUUUUUUUUUUUUUUUCCUUCUGUUGCUGUAAUUAAUUUGAUUCACAUUUCCUCGUGUGUGUUUGUAUAUUUCUGUUUUUGUGAAGUGCAAUUGUCCUGUACAAAACAGCCUGUAUUUAAUGCAGCUUGAUUUUAAGUUAAAAAAUGAAAGAAAUGAAAAAGAGAACCUUUUAUGCACUAUCUGCCUUCUCUCCUGCUCUUCUGGAACACGUUUCUGAACCAGUGAAUAUUACCGCUCGUCCUCCAGGCACAACCUCGCUUUUCUUUUCCCGGUUAGUCUUUGCUCCUUAAAGAAACGGGUAAAUUGUAUAGUUGUCAGCACAGUAAGCUCGAUAUCAAACCAUUUGAAUCCUGAUUAGUCUCCCCUGUGAUUUCUUUUUUUUUUGUGUGUGUGUGUUUUUUGUUUCUUGUGUACAAGCUCCAAUAAUAAGUCUGGAGAGCAGACGCUGCAAACAUGAGUCGUUUGUGUGCGUCGAUUGAAGAAACGUUGCUCUGUAGACUAACAAAUCUCAAUUGACAGUUUAAACGCUACAGUAACAUAAGUUGUGAAAGAAGAGUAACCUGCCGACUUUACCCAUCGCGGUGACAAACUUUGUGUGUCAUAUUUCGAUAAACCCAGACGACACCAGUGCCCUCUGCUGGGUGCCAUAACUGUCAAGCUUUAUUACAGCCAAUGCCAAGUGUUACUUUGUUUUUAGAGAUUCAGAGUUUUUGUGUGGCUUUUUUUUUCUGCUUCUAAUCCGUUUUGAGUCAAUUGACAGCACUGACUUAAUCGCCUUCAGUAGCUUCAUUAGACGGUUGAAACAGGGGUCUCAAACUUGGCGGCAAACUUAACCAGCUCAGCUCUGGUUUUGAAUUUCAGUUACUAAUAGAAACAUAACCACAGCUACUCGGGAAGCAGUGAGAUCAAAUCAAAGUAUUCCGAGCAUGAACAUGGUUAAUUGAGAUUGUAGCCACUGUGCAUUUCAGAAAUAGUUUCUCUGAUUUUUGAAUCAAAUGCUGAUCAGCAACACACAUUUCAAAGUAACAUGAAGCCUGGAUAUUGUAGUGAAGGAUAACACCUGAGGUGUUUCAAAAAGUGGUCCACAAAGUUGGAGAAAUAAAGAUUUUCGUCUCAGUAGCACAAGCUGCUACAAAACUCAUUUGAAUCUUAGUGGUUUACAAAAUGUACUAUAGAAUAAAAAUGUAAAAACAAGAAGAAAUAUGGAAAGACCCCAACAGAAUGAGUAAUAUGGGGGAGGGGGUAUAUUUAAUAGCAAUAAAGAAAAAAGUAAUCAUGAACAAAAAAAAGGUAAUUUUAGAAAAGUAAUACUGUAACAACAAACACAAAUAUCCUCUCAAAAGAUGUCAAAUCACAACUGAUAGGGGCAAAAAAAUGUAAUAAAAAAUAUUUAGAUCAAAAUUAUUAGUGGAGAAAAAAAAGUGACAGUUUUAAAUAUCAUACUAUAUACGAGAACUUAAUUCAGAAGUUCAUUUGACUUCAUAACAGAGAGACCCCUGCGUAAACCAGCUCUUAAGCCCCACCACUCAGACUGCUUUCUUUAAACUGAGAACAAAUCUGUAGACGAAGCGUUCUCUUGUUUGUUUUCUGUCAAACUCAAAUCCCCAUCAGUUAUUUAUUGUCACUAGCCAGAGCACAAGUUAGCUGCUUCCAUGUGAUUCAUGAGUGACAAAAUAGUGGAAAAGCUAAACUUGGUCGAUGGAAAUGAUUUUAUUUCUGAUUUUUUUUUUUUCUGUUUUGUGGAAAGAUUGUUGAGAAUUAAUGUUUGUAUAUAUUUUUAAACCUUCAAGGAAUAAAUCACAUUGCUUGAGUUUC